AUGCAUCUUACUGACCUACCAAAUGAGACGCUUUUCUUGAUCGCAUCGUAUCUGCGGUGUCAACAAGAUGUCUAUGCACUUGUACGGACAAAUCGUCAUCUCACUCACACGCUAUACGAUUACCUGUAUAAGUACAACAGUCGCUACUACCACGGGUCUGCACUAGCAUUCGUCACCAGGCAGGGAAACAUAGGUCGAGUCGAAAAGCUUUUAAUCGGGCUCAGAGCCGCCCGAAAGAAGUCUCGAUUCCCACCGGCACCUGGCUGGAGAGGCGAAGCUCUUCCCGAGGAGAGAUGGGAAGACGAGGCUGAGUGGGACUCAGACGAAGAUUUGUAUCCAUUCAGCCGAGACAUUUCGGCUCAUCCACUGAGGGCUGCUGGAUACAGUGCAGCAGACAUUGUCCAGAUCCAAAAGGCCUUACUUGCUGCUAUUGAAAUGAAUCACCAGGAAAUCAUAACGCUCCUAUUUGACUUUGGUGCUCAGGUGAACUUCUAUCGUGGGAGCUUACGUGAUGACAAGCCCAUGAGGUGCCGACUUCCAGACCCUCGCACGAAAGACCCUCCACCACUGUUUUUGGCAGUUAGGUGUGGGAAUGUGGAUCUAGUCAAAUACCUGCUGGACAAAGGUGCUGAUCCAGACCGCUAUCGCCCCUCCCCGCUGUACCGGGCAGUUGAUGAUGGACAAUAUGAUAUUAUCGCAUUGCUACUCCGUCACGGGGCUCCCCUAUCUUAUGCCGCUGUUUUAAGGCUAGCAACACAGCGCCGAGACAGAGUCAUGCUUCAGUUUUUAUUCGAAAACGGGGUAGAGGCCGCAGUGUAUGGACACCGGGCGUUACGUGUGGCCAUUCAACGUGACGAUCAAGAGAUGCUCGAGUUCCUACGUUUGAAAGGCGCGGAUACGGAGAAGCGUUUUGAGGGGUUUGGAGAAUCUGAAGAUGAAUGGGAUCAAGAGGACGGCGAUGGUAUGGAUGGGAACACUACCCUUGAGGGAUACGUUAGAUGUUUCUUGGAAGAAUCCGAAGGGAGUGAAGAUGAAUCUGCUUCUGUCACGUGUGCCACCGGUUUGACCAGUACUGUCUACACAUCUGCUUCUCACCCACGUCUAUAUGAUCCCUAUUUUUACAUCAUUAAGCCAGGCAGUUUGCUGAAUAUCAAGACCUUCACCGUCGAUGAUACAGUUAUCAAAAUGAUUGCGGUUUGUAUCUUUCUUCAGGUUCUUCUUUGCAAAUCAGUUACUGCGUGGACCAAUGGUGAAAGUGCGACCGGGCCGACUGAUCCAUACGUUGUUGAUCACUGCGAGUACUGGGUGAACGACAUUGGAUUGAGCGACAGCUGCGAGCCCAUUGAAGACUACUUUGGGAUCACGAGGCAGCAAUUUCGACUUUGGAACCCAUCUCUGUCACUGUCAUGUGUCAUGACUCGUGGAUCGAGCUACUGUGUCGCAGCACCGUCCUCGGCAACAACAUCCACCACUGCUACCCGACCUUCGAAUCCUCCAGGCACUCUCACGUACUCCGGCACAGCGGCUCCAACGCAAAGUGGCGUCAGUUCAUCCUGCACCAAGUAUCAUCUAGUGCAUCCAGAAGAGACCUGCUAUACAAUCCAGGACGAAUAUGGGAGCUUUACUCUUGAACAGUUCUAUUCAUGGAAUCCCUCCAUUGGAAAGGGAUGCAUUGGUAUACAACCAGGGUAUUAUGUCUGCGUGGGCACUGAAUCUAAGUCUUCCACUGUUUCUGUGACGCCCACUACCGGGUCUUCGACUACAGUUCCAAGCAAGACCAGUAAAGGACCUUCCGCAUCAGAUCCCCAACCACACCAAACAGGUAUCCCAGCAAAUUGCAACAAAUGGCAUUACGUCAUCGAUGGUGAUGAAUGCGAAACGAUAGCCACCAAAUACGGCAUUGCACUCCAGCAAUUCUACACGUGGAAUCCAGCCAUUGGUUCCACUUGCCGUUUCCUUUGGAAGGACAAUUAUGUUUGUGUUGGUAUUACUGACUCUACGAGAUCAACGACACCAACGUCAACCGCACAUACCACCACACCGAGUGCUGUGGAAACACCUACUCUCCCUCCUACAACUGCUCCCUCCCCCAUUCAACCAGGAACCCCGCCUGACUGCGUCUUAUACCAUGAGAUCCAACCAGGAGACGACUGCUGGGGCAUUGUAAAUAAAAGGUUCACUUACCUGACCGAGGAUCAGUUCAUCAAAUGGAAUCCAGCGGUGGGCUCAUCGUGCAAGAUUCUACUGGGCUACCACUACUGCGUCGCAGUGAAGACUGCUCAGCCAAUGCCAGACACCAUUGACACUUGCAAGAAAUGGCACCUUACCGAGGAUGGCGAUGGCUGCUGGCAGAUCCAGCACGACUUUCACAUUAGUUCCGAUGAUUUCAACAAAUGGAAUCCGCAUGUAGGUGCUGAUUGCCAUGCUUUGUGGCUUGGAUACUAUAUAUGCGUUGGUGUGUAG